UAUAACACCAAAAUGUGUUUUGGUUUCUAUAGUGCAGCUCCCUUUAUCAGAAAGUCAGCUUUUAUACGGCUUAUCGCCAGGGCUUUUGUUUGCGUUUUGCUCACCCUGACCCUCCUAAACUAGAUAAAAGGACCAGAGACUGCCUAGUGGAGUUUGCUCUUGCAGGAAGGCACCAGUUAAGGACCCUGGAAAGGACAGUAUCUUUUGUUCCAUUUCAUAAUGGAGUGGCUUCACCUGUUAUUCCUCCAUCCUGUGUCACUUUACCAGGGGGCUGCAUUUCCUUUUGCACUUCUGUUUAAUUAUCUCUGCAUCAUGGACUCCUUUUCUGUUCAUGCCAGAUACCUCUUUCUCCUGGCUGGGGGAGGCGCCCUGGCCUUGGCUGCCAUGGGUCCCUACGCUGUGCUCGUCUUCAUCCCUGCUGUCUGCACAGUGGCUCUCCUCUGCUCCCUCGGCCCACAGGAGGUCCACAGGUGGACUUUCUUCUUUCAGAUGAGCUGGCAGACCCUGUGUCACCUGGGCCUGCAUUACACCGAGUAUUACCUGCAGGAGCCUCCUUCCAUGAGGUUCUGCAUCACUCUUUCUUCCCUCAUGCUCUUGACCCAGAGGGUCACAUCCCUGUCUCUGGACAUUUGUGAGGGGAAAGUGGAGGCAGCAUCAGGAGGCAUCAGAAGCAGGAGCUCUUUGUCUGAGCAUCUUUGUAAAGCACUGCCCUAUUUCAGCUACUUGCUCUUUUUCCCUGCUCUCCUGGGAGGCCCUCUGUGUUCCUUCCAGCAAUUCCAGGCUUGUGUUCGAAGGUCCGACUCUUGGUGCCCUAGGCACUCUCUCUGGGCUCUGAGCUGGAGGGGUCUGCAGAUUCUCGGCCUCGAGUGCCUGAAGGCGGCUGUGAGGAGGGUGGUGAGUGCAGGAGCGGGACUGACCACUUGCCAGCAACUGGAGUGCGUCCACGUCAUGUGGGCCACAGCCGGGCUCUUUAAACUCACCUACUACUCCCAGUGGAUCCUGGAUGACUCCCUCCUCCGUGCAGCGGGCUUUGGGCCUGAGUUUGGUCAGAGCUCUGGUGAGGAAGAAUAUGUCCCCGAUGGGGACAUUUGGACACUGGAAACAACCCACAGGAUAUCCCUGUUUGCGAGAAAGUGGAACCAAAGCACAGCUCGGUGGCUCCGACGACUUGUAUUCCAGCACAGCAAGGUCUGGCCAUUGGUGCAGACAUUUGCCUUCUCUGCCUGGUGGCACGGACUCCAUCCGGGACAGCUGUUGGGUUUCCUCUGCUGGGCUGUGAUGGUGGAAGCUGACUACCUGAUCCACAACUGUGCCAAUGUGUUUAUCGGAUCCUGGCCCAUGAGGCUGCUCUAUAGAACCCUGGCCUGGGCCCACACCCAGCUGAUCAUUGCCUACAUCAUGCUGGCCGUGGAGGCGAGGAGUCUCUCCUCUCUCUGGUUGCUGUGUAAUUCGUACAACAGUGUCUUUCCUCUGGUGUACGGUAUUCUGCUUUUCCUAUUAGCAAAGAGAAGGCAUCAAUUUAACUGAUGUCUUUCUCUCUGGCUUUCACCUCAUAUAUCAGUGAAAUGGAGUUUAGAAAGUGCUAGAUGAUGCAUCGAUAAUGUGUAUAUUUGAACUUUUUCAUAAUAAAGUAUUGGAUGGAUA